UAUCGAAACAACACGUGUGUGUGCGUUGUCCAAUUCCAUGCCUUUUAUUGUGACUGCAACGAGUUAGUCGUUGCUAGAUUUUUGUGAGAAAUAAUAAAGAAAUCGUGAAAUAGUCACUAAAAUGACAGAAUUACAAAAAUUGACCGAUGCCAUAGUGCAUGAGUAUCUGAAGACAAAAGACAAGAACCUAGCGAAAGUGUUUGAGCAGAAAGCAAAAGUGCCCACUGUGGGAAAGAACACGCCGUCGCUGACAGAAAUCUUGGCUUUUUAUCAAAGCAAAACGUCACAAAAGAUACCGCCUGUGAAAAAAACUAAAUCGGACAGUGACGACAGCGACAGCGACGAAGAUGAAGUCGAGGUCAAAAAGCCGACAGCCAACGGAAACACAAAUGGUAAUUCUGCUAAAAAUGCUGCCUCCUCUAGCAGCGAAGAAGACUCUGAGGAAGAGCAGCCUGUCAAAAAGUCACCAGUGAAGGCUGUGCCUGCAAAGAAGGCGGCUGCAUCUUCAAGCAGUGGGGACAGUUCUAGCGACGAGGAGCCGGCCAAAAAACCAGCUCCUGCUGUUGCAAAGAAAACGGCGGCUGAGACGCCCAAGCCCACAUAUACCAGCAGCGAAGGCAGUGACUCUGAUGAGGAGGAAGAAGAGAAGAAGAAACAGACGAAACCAGCGGCUGCUCCAGCAAAGCCGACAGGAAAGGCAGCUCAGCCCAAGAAGGCCGCUGCAUCCUCCAGCAGUGAUGACUCCUCCGAUGAUGAGCCCGCUAAGAGCGCUACUGCCGUUAAGCCAGCUGCCAAGCCCACGAUUAAGAAUGCAGCCGAAUCUAGCAGCGAGGAAGACAGUUCAAGUGAAGGAGAACCGCAAAAGAAGGCACCAGCAGCACCUGCUAAGCCGGUAGCUAAAAAAGCUGCAUCCAGCAGUAGCGAAAGCAGUGACUCUGAAGAGGAGCAAAAGAAACCAGCAGCGUCUGCUAAGACACCGGUAAAGCCAACUCCUGCCAAGAAGGCAGCCGCGUCCAGCAGUGAUGAGUCUUCCGAUGAGGAGGAACCGCCAAAGGCUUCACCCAUUAAGGCAGCGCCGGCCAAGAAAGCAGCAGAAUCUAGCUCUGAAUCCUCUUCAGACGAAGAAGCAGCGCCCAAGAAAGCGGCAGUAAAGGCUCCCGUGACGCCAGCUAAAAAACCCGCGGCCAAGGCUGAUUCUGAGGACUCAUCCGAGGACAGUAGCUCAGAAGAUGAAAAAGCUGCAGUCAAGCCCGCUGUCAAGAAGAGCGCUGCACCUGCUAAAAAGGAGGAAUCUUCAUCCGAAGAUGAUUCCGAUGACGAGGAGCCAGCCAAACCAGCAGCCAAGCCAGUUGCAAAGCCGGCGGCCAAAAAGAAUGACAGUUCCGAUAGCUCCUCUUCCGAAGACGAUGAGCCGGCAGCUAAGAAAAAACCUGCACCGGCCAAAAAACAGGAGAGCAGUGAUAGCGACAGCGACAGCGAAGAAUCGGGCGAGGUGAAGCCCAAUAAGCAACAGCCAGCGGCCAAUGGGGCCGGCAAGAAGCGCAAGUUCAGCGGCGGUGAUGCGGAUGAGGCAACACCCAACAAAAAGUACAACAAUUUUGUCAAAUCGGGCGAACAACAGCAGCACAAUGGUUUCACCUCCACGCCCCACAAUGCUAACAACAACAACAACAGCAGCAACAACAAACAGUUGAACAACAGCAGUGGGGGACGUCGUAGAUCGCCUUUCCGGCGUGUGCGGACCGAGGAGGUUCUUGUGGAUUCACGCGUUCAGGACAUGUCCUUUGAGGCAAAGAAAAAUGCUGCCGGUUCUUGGGGAGAGCGCGCCAAUAAGGAUCUAAAAUUCACGCGCGGCAAAUCCUUCAAACAUGAAAAGACCAAAAAGAAGCGCGGCAGCUAUCGGGGCGGUCAAAUUGACACGGGCGUCAAUUCAAUCAAAUUUGACUAGAUUUAUGUUACCACAUAACAUAUGCAUAUUUUAAUACAUAAAUUUAAAAAUAUUUAGUUUGUAAAAAGCCAAACCAACUUGGUUCAUAUAACCCAUCGUCAAGUUUUCAAUAUUAUGUUUAUUAUCGCUUCUACUUGACUUGACUAUCUUAUGAAUCGGUGUUCAGUAAAUCUUUAUAAAAACUAUGUUUCAUGUUCCAAUUGAAUUUCGCUGCAAAAUUUUUUUCUUUUACUUUGUAAAUUCGAUUCUUGUUUGCUUUACUGAACAUCGGUGCAUAAAAAUAAAAUAAUAAUAAUAAAAAAAAAGAACGCAUAAAACUUAAUUAUUAUAAUAAGUUACUAUGCUACAUAAAACUUAUGCUUGUAAAUCAAAAGCUAAAAACAACUACAAAUUUAGUUGAUAGAGUGAAAACGUGAAUUAUGUGUAAUAAACGUAUGAAACAACAA